AUGUCAAAUGCUCAGUCAUUGGAUAUCCCUGAAGUUCUUAAAGAAGAUGACAGACCGAAGUGGGACAAUAAAUUCCAGUAUAUUUUAAGCUGCGUUGGAUUUGCAGUAGGCCUGGGAAAUGUGUGGAGAUUUCCAUACUUAUGUCAAAUAUAUGGAGGAGGGGCAUUCUUGAUCCCAUACGUCAUAGCACUUGUCUUUGAAGGAAUCCCAUUGUUUCAUCUUGAACUAGCCAUAGGACAGCGCUUGAGAAAAGGCAGCAUUGGUGUCUGGAAUACCAUCUCACCUUACUUUGGAGGAGUUGGUAUUGGUUCAUUGAUGGUGUCGUUCAUUGUGAGCUUAUAUUAUAACACCAUUUUAGCCUGGGUAAUGUGGUAUUUCAUUAACUCAUUCCAAGAGCCCCUUCCUUGGAGCGCUUGCCCACUAAAUGGGAACAGAACAGGAUACAUUGAAGAAUGCCAUGAAAGUACUGCAGUAAAUUAUUUCUGGUACAGGAGAGCUUUAAACAUAAGCUCUGAUAUCACUGACAAUGGCAACUUACAAUGGUGGUUAGUUUUGUGCUUGGCCAUUUGCUGGGCAAUUGUGUACAUUUGUACCAUUCGAGGAAUUGAAUCCACAGGAAAGGCUAUUUAUGUAACAGCCAUAUUUCCUUAUGUGGUCCUAACUAUAUUCCUUAUUCGUGGACUCACUCUACCAGGAGCCACUGAAGGUUUAGUUUACUUCUUCACUCCUAAUAUGAACAUUCUCAAAAAUCCCCGUGUAUGGCUUGAUGCAGCCACCCAGAUAUUUUUCUCUCUCUCCUUGGCUUUUGGAGGACUCAUAGCAUUCUCAAGCUACAACUCACCAAAAAAUGACUGUGAGAAGGAUGCUGUGACAAUAGCAAUUGUAAAUAGUAUGACAUCACUGUAUGCCUCCAUCCCAGUUUUUUCUAUUUUGGGAUUUAAGGCAACCACUGGUUACUGGGACUGCCUGGACAGGAACAUUAUCGGUAUCAUCAAUGAAUUUGAUCUUCCAGACCAAAGCAUCAUGAGAGACAACUAUACAAUCUGGUUUGGAUUCCUGAACACAACCCAUCCAAAAAAAAUUGGUAGUCUCAAAUUGAGAAGUUGUGACCUUCAAGAAUUUCUUGAGCAGAGUGCAUCUGGAACUGGCCUUGCCUUUAUUGUUUUCACUGAAGCAAUUAUUCUGAUGCCUGGCUCACAGGGCUGGGCUGUCCUGUUUUUUGUAAUGCUGUUCAGCUUGGGUCUUUCUUCUAUGUUUGGAAACAUUGAGGGAAUUUUGACUCCUCUCUUGGAGCUUCAUGUUGUAUCUAAAUCUGUACCCAAGGAAGUUCUAUCAGGUGUAAUAUGCCUGGUCUCCUUUGUGACAGCUCUAUGUUUUACCCUGAGGUCUGGCAGUUACUGGCUUGAAGUUUUUGACAGUUAUGCGGGUUCCUUGCCUUUGCUAAUCAUCGCUUUCUUUGAAGUGACUGGUGUUGUCUAUGUUUAUGGAAUUAAAAGGUUCAGUGAUGAUGUGAAAUGGAUGACAGGACGACAACCAAACUUCUACUGGCAGGUGUCAUGGAGAAUUAUUAGCCCUCUGCUAAUGCUUACAGUCUUUAUUGCCUUUGUUACCCUUCAGACACAGGAGCAACCAAGCUAUGGAGCCUGGAAUCCUAAAUAUAAAGAUUUUCCCAUGAAGGAGGAGAAAGACUAUCCAGCUUGGAUACUGGCCAUUUGUGUGCUGUUGGUAGUCCUCCCUUGUAUAUUCAUACCUAUGGUAGCAUUCUAUCAUCUGAUCAAAAGAGUGCUAGGAAGGAGAAAGAAGGAAGGAACCUAA